AUGUCAUCCUCAGAACCUGCCGAAUCGUUCAAGCCUUACAAGCACAAACAAACCCUAACCGGCCACAAACGCGCAAUAUCAAGCGUCAAAUUCUCCGAAAAUGGCGAAUUCGUCACCUCCUCCUCCGCCGACAAGACUGCCCGCAUAUACUCCACCGCCGACGGUACAUUUCUGCAAGAAUUCCAAGGUCAUGACCAAGGCAUCUCCGACCUCGCCUUCUCCUCCGACACUCGGUACCUAGCCACCGCCUCUGACGAUAAGACCGUGCGCCUCUGGGACGUCUCUACUGGGUCUCUAAUCAAAACCCUAGCUGGACACACCAACUAUGUUUUCUGCGUCAAUUACAACCCUCAGUCCAAUAUGAUUGUGUCCGGUUCGUUCGAUGAGACGGUUAGGGUUUGGGAUGUAAAGACCGGCAAGUGUUUGAAGGUUCUUCCCGCGCACUCUGACCCGGUCACGGCCGUGAACUUUAAUCGGGAUGGGACUUUGAUUGUGUCGAGCAGUUACGAUGGGUUGUGCCGUAUUUGGGACGCCUCCACGGGACAUUGUAUGAAGACUUUGAUUGAUGAUGAGAAUCCACCAGUCAGUUUCGUGAAGUUUUCGCCCAAUGGGAAAUUCAUUCUUGUCGGCACUUUGGAUAAUACAUUGAGGCUUUGGAACUUUUCAACUGGUAAAUUUCUGAAGACUUACACCGGCCAUGUUAAUUCAAAGUACUGUAUUUCAUCGACAUUCUCCAUAACGAAUGGGAAGUAUAUUGUUAGUGGUUCUGAGGAUCAUUGUGUGUACUUGUGGGAACUUCAAACCAGGAAGGUAGUUCAAAAAUUGGAAGGUCACACUGAUACUGUAAUCUCGGUGUCAUGUCACCCGACUCAGAACAUAAUUGCAUCUGGUGCACUUGGAAAUGACAAGACUGUGAAGAUCUGGACUCAGGAGGAGGAUUGA